GCAGUAAAAGAACACAGCAACCCAGCAAAUACUCCUUUAGAAACUAACACUUGUUCAGAUCCAAAUCAGGAGAAUGCUUCUGAAAGUGUCCAGACCAUGGAUUUAACUCCUAAGGAAGACCUGCAGAACCUAGACCCGCAGUCUUGUAGAACUGCUCACGAAAAGAGGCACAUGCGGGUGCUGAGUGUAGACAGUGGGACAGACGUGCUUUUAAGUAAGAAUUUCAUGGAGGUAUCUGACAAAGAAAAGACCUUACCAACUUCUAAAUCAGAUCUAGAAGCUAAAGAAGGACAGGUGCCCAAUGAAUCUAACUUUCUAGAGUUUGUCUCCCUCCUGGAAUCCAUUAAUACCUCAAAGAUGAAGACAUCUAAUCAAGCCACUGUCAAAAUGGAGAUGACAAAGGAAAAUGGGCUUGUUGGAGAUAGCCAGACGACAGAGAGAAAAGAAGAAAUGGUGGGAACAGAAAAGCACUGUGAGCAACUUCCUAAACAGGAAAGAUCAGAUGUGCAAAGCCAAGAUCGUGCUAGUACUAGUCCAGUGCUACCAGAGUCUGCCAAAUUUGCAGCACUUUACCAGGGCAACAGGCAAAGGCAGAUAAUCUACCGGGUAACUUCUCAGCAAGACAGCUCUGUCUUGCAAGUAAUAAGCGGACCUGAGGCAUCUGUGCAAGAUGAGCUAUCCGUGGAUGCAAUGCACGUGUUCAUAGAUGAAAAUGGGGAAAUUAGAUCCUGUUAUUUAAAGGCUGGCUGUCAGAAGGAAGGAAGUUUUCGACAUCAGCUAUCAAAUUGUGAUUGUAUUUCAAAUGCUCAGUAAGUAAGCCCUUAUUGCUAGAAAUGUUAAGAGUUUUCAUUGCUAGAAG